UGGACUAUCCCGGUAGUAAAUUCAUUUCAGAAGCUUGUGCCUGUUUGUACAUUGCUGAAAAAAUCCUCUGCAUGUAUUUAUAACAGUGGCCAUAUGAAGAAUUAGCUCAAAUUUAUUUUAAACAGCCUAUUAUAAACGUACAUGCAUUGCAGAAGAUAAAGCAGCUCGCUUGUGAACAGGACGGAAUUGCAUUGAUGUGGAAUUGGACCAGGUGUUAGAAUACAAAAGGAUUCCAGUCCAGCACAAGGUGUCGGGAUGAGCUUCUUCAGUUUCGGACAAACUGCUGAAAUUGACAUAGUUCUAAAUGAUGCCGAGACGAGAAAAAAGGUCGAGCACAAAACAGAGGACGGGAAAAGGGAUAAAUACUUCCUGUUUUACGAUGGAGAGACAGUCUCUGGGAAAGUCAACGUAACUCUAAAGAACCCAGGCAAGAGGCUCGAGCAUCAAGGGAUCAAAAUAGAAUUUAUCGGGCAAAUCGAAUUGUACUUCGACAGAGGUAACCAUCAUGAGUUUGUCUCUCUGGUUAAGGAUUUAGCUCGGCCUGGAGAAAUGGCUCAAUCUCAGACCUUUGAUUUUGAGUUCACACACGUGGAGAAACCGUACGAGUCCUACACAGGCCAGAAUGUAAAACUACGCUAUUUCCUGCGGGCGACCAUCAGCAGGAGACUUAAUGACAUCUGCAAAGAGAUGGACAUUGUAGUGCACACACUCAGCACAUAUCCAGAGCUCAACUCCUCCAUAAAGAUGGAGGUGGGAAUUGAGGACUGUCUGCACAUUGAGUUUGAGUACAACAAGUCCAAGUAUCACCUGAAAGAUGUGAUUGUAGGAAAGAUCUAUUUCCUGUUGGUGCGAAUUAAGAUCAAACACAUGGAGAUUGAUAUUAUUAAACGGGAGACUACAGGGACAGGGCCAAAUGUGUACCAUGAAAAUGACACCAUUGCAAAAUACGAGAUAAUGGAUGGAGCACCUGUACGAGGUGAAUCCAUCCCUAUCCGUCUUUUUCUGGCUGGGUACGAGAUGACGCCCACCAUGAGGGACAUUAAUAAGAAAUUCUCUGUUCGUUAUUACCUGAAUCUUGUACUCAUUGAUGAAGAAGAGAGACGUUACUUCAAGCAACAGGAGAUUACGCUAUGGAGAAAGGGAGACAUUGUGAGGAAAAGCAUGUCCCAUCAAGCUGCCAUCGCCUCGCAGCGCUUCGAGGGCUCGGCGAGCUCAGAGAAAGCACUCUCUCAAGCUAAAGAGGAGGACGACUAAACCCAACUCUCUUCUCAUCAUCUCAUGUGUGUUAGAGUGUGUAUGGGUUUAAAGAAGCUGCGUGCUCCCAAAAUAGAUGGCAACGUAAACAUGAUAUUUCACAUUCCUGAACAUACCAAUUUAUGAUCAACAAGUUCUUAAGUUGCUUUUAAAAAGGGAUGAAUAUGAAAAGUAAAAACAGUGAUUCCAAAAACUUCAAUUUGAUAUUUAUAAAUUCUUCUUGGUGGUUCCUCAGAGAUUGCUUACUUUUUGCCCGCCACCCUUAAUUUAAUUGACUCUGCAUGUUUAUUUCAAACAUUUCAGCAGUCCAUCUAAACAAAACCAACACAUUCCACUCUCCAUAUUCCUUUUACAGCCUUUUUCAAAUUAAUUCUUUAUUGAAUGUUUUGUUAUUGUAGAUUUUUUUCUUUUAUAACCUAUACAUUGCAUACAGUGUUCCGUUUUUGUUUUUAAUGAAAUGGUGUUGAACUAAUUCAUAUUUUUAGUGAAUUUUUUUUUUAUAUAUACUUACCAAUACAUGCCUUUUUACUUUUGUUGCCAUUCCGGAAGAUAAAUUCUAAGCACUAAAGGGUUUUUGCCAACAUGAUUUCAGUGUCUCCGGCGGGACCCAUAACUUCAUAUCAGCCCAAAAUUACAUGAACAUUUCUGCUUAGAGUCAACAAACAAACCAAAUUAAUUUCCAUACAGGUAUGUAGCUAAACUGAAACGCACCUGAAUUUUAUUUUUAUUUUAUCUGUCAGAUUGUGCUGAUAUAAUGAUAGAACAUUAUAUGAACAAGCUCCUUGCCAUGUUUUUAAAAGUGUGUAAAAAUGGAAUUUUAAUUCAGUGUUAUUGCUGUUGAUGUUUUGGUACGGUAAACCAAAAUGUUUGACAUUGUUGGGUAACACUUUUCUAUAAGGUUUAAAAUGCAAACAUUAGUUAAUGUCUUAGGUUUCAAGAAAUAACAAUUAAUCUUAGUUCAUUUUUAUUUAUAAAUUAAUUAUGAUUCAACUGCUUAUUUGUUAGUUUGUGUUGGCUAAUAAAACAAACUAAUGUUAACAAACGUUUAAAGUAAAAAUGUACUAUUUUUAUGUAAAAGUUAACAUUAAUCAAGAUUAAUAUUUGUUAAAGGAUUAACUAUUGAACAUCCUUAUUUUAAAGCGUUACUAAGCUAUCAUUGGUGGUUUUAAUGUUUAAUGUUCUUUAAUUCAUGUAAUUUCUAGAAUUCAGGUGGCAUUAAUAUCUUAUUUUAGUUUUCAUUUUUACCAAUACCGGAGAUUAACUUUCAUAGUGCAUCACAUUUCUAACCAGUCACUCUCCAAUAUGUACUUAAAACCUUAGAAAUCUUUGACCAUAACAGUACAGCUUAGAAAAUUCUGUGAGACUGCAAUUUCUCAAUAUUGGUCUUCUGUUAGUACUUCCAUUCACUUAAGUAGAAAAUGAUCCUUGAGUCCGGCAAUGAACAUGAACUAAGAUCUAGAUCUGUGAUGUGUUUGAAAAAAGAUUGUGAAAUACUGAUCACACACUAGGCUCUGGAUAUUGUUUGAUAAAAUUGCCUUUAUUUUUUAAGGAACCCUUGCUUUUGGUGUAAAACUAGUAAAAGAUGGCAAGGCCAUCUAAAAGCUAAAUCAUCUCUUUGCAGAAUACUCAUGUCUCUAUGUGCCACACUGUUUACUGACUUCACGUAUAUGAUUUUACAAAUUAGCACUGUGUAUCCUUUCAAAACAAAGGAGGAACAAAUAAUUAGUUGUUUCCUAACUUUCUUUACAUUUAUCAUUGUACAAAAAAGUGCUGCUUAAAAUGGCAUUAGAUAACCAUAUUUCUAUAUUAAUAUUAUGUAUGUACAGUAUAUAUUUACAGAACUGUAAGUAUAUGAUUUUGAAAUAAUUUAGAAAUCGCUCUAAGGUACUAGCAGUUUACAAAAUGGAUUCUAGAAGAUUCUAGAACUGUGCUAAUGUAAAAUAUGAGAGUGCAGAACAGACACAACCUAACUGCUCUUUUAGUAAUUGUGCUGUAUAUGACAUUUUGUUUUUUGAUUAAAAAACAAAAACGCUCAUCUUUUCCCUCAUGUAAA